UACGUCACGUGACCCAACUUCGUCAUCAGCCUGUGUCCAACAGGAAAGAAUAGCCUCGCUCCAGGACAUAAAUUACACAACUCACAAUCUUCUCUGAUUGUUGUCGAUUUCUCACCGUUGGCGUCGCCUUUUCAGCUUCGACAUGAAUCCAGACAUACAAAAAGAGCGGCAGAAGGCCACCUUCGAUGUCGUGAAACUCACCCACAUUUUGGAUGGAGGCCCAGAAAAGACCAGAAGAAGACGAGAAAUCGAGUCCCUGGUCAUUAACGACUCAGACUUUAAAGAGGAGGACCCAAACUUUUUGUCCCGCAGCGAGCGCUAUGACCAAGCUGUUAGAAAAAGUGCCCAAAUGAUCCUCAAGAUGAGAGAGUAUGGCAUUGCGGACCCGGAGGAGAUCUACUUUUAUAAAAGCAUAUUUCGGGGCAACUUUCAUGAGGCUAUGGGACUACACUUUGUCAUGUUCAUCCCAACACUCUAUGGCCUAUGUGACCCUGAGCAGUCCAAGAAAUGGUUACCUCUAGCCACGUCCUACCAGGCCAUUGGCACGUAUGCUCAAACGGAGCUGGGUCACGGCACACACCUCCGAGGACUAGAGACCACUGCCACAUUUGACCCGACUACACAGGAGUUCAUCCUAAACAGUCCCACUGUCAGCUCCAUCAAAUGGUGGCCUGGAGGCCUUGGUAAGACGUCAAACUACGCUAUUGUUCUUGCCCAGCUUUAUACACAAGGAAAUUGCCAUGGUCUGCACGCUUUCAUUGUACCUAUCCGUGACAUGAACACACACAAGCCCCUGCCUGGUAUUGUCGUUGGAGAUAUCGGACCCAAAUUUGGUUUUAAUGAGGUUGACAACGGCUUUUUGAAACUUGACCAUGUUCGGAUACCACGAGAUAACAUGCUCAUGAAAUAUGCCAAGGUGGACCCAGAUGGAACCUAUGUGAAGCCACCCAGUGCCAAGCUGACGUACGGCACCAUGGUUUUCAUCCGCUCUAUGAUUGUUGGCGAGUCAGCUCGUGCCCUUGCCAAGUCCAGUACGAUCGCCAUCCGCUACAGUGCUGUCCGCCACCAGUCGGAAAUCCGUCCUGGAGAGCCAGAGCCCCAGAUUCUCGAGUACCAGACGCAGCAGUACAAGCUGUUCCCUCUGCUCGCCAUGGCCUAUGCCUUCACUUUUGUUGGCCAGUACAUGAGUCAAACAUACCACCGCAUCACAGGAGAUAUCAACCAAGGGGACUUCAGUGAGCUGCCGGAGCUCCACGCUCUGUCUGCAGGCUUAAAGGCUUUCACCACAUGGGCAACCAAUUCUGCCAUCGAGGUCUGCCGCAUGUCGUGCGGCGGUCACGGCUACUCCCGCAGCAGCGCUUUGCCAGACAUUUAUGUGGAGUUCACCCCUACUUGCACCUAUGAGGGAGAGAACACCGUCAUGAUGCUACAGACAGCCAGAUAUCUAAUGAAGAGCUACAGACAGGCUAGAGCGGGUCAGCUGCUGCACGGCAUUGUUUCGUACCUCAAUGAGGCUGACCAUCAAAGAGUCCAGCCACAACUCGUUGCAGCAAGAUCCACUGGUAUCGACAUCAACGACCUAUCCGGCUUGGCGGAGGUCUACAAACUACGUGCCGCCAUUCUGGUCGAGCUGGCAGCCAAGAGCAUCCAGAAGGAGCUGCAGCAAAGGAAGAGCCAAGAGGACGCCUGGAAUAAUAGUGCUAUCGACCUGGUCAGAGCCUCGGAUGCCCACUGCCACUAUGUAGUAGUGAAACUGUUUACUGACAAGCUGGGAGAGAUUGAUGAUGCCCCCAUACGCUCAGUACUGUCUACGCUGGCUCGGCUAUAUGCUCUUCAUGGCAUCAUGAACAACUCUGGAGACUUCCUACUGGCUGGGCUGUUGAAUGGCUCCCAGGUGCUACAGGUUUCUGCUCGUAUCAAGGAGCUGCUCUCUGAGCUGAGGCCAAAUGCCGUGGCGCUGGUGGAUGCCUUUAAUUUCCACGACAGGAUGCUGAAGUCUGUCCUAGGGCGGUAUGACGGGAACGUCUACGAGCACAUGUUCGAAUGGGCCCGCCGCUCGCCCCUCAAUUCCACAGAGGUGCAUGAGUCCUUUGAGAAGUAUCUGAAACCUCUGAGGUCCAAACUGUGAGCUGAAGGAGAACCCAUGCUUGUAAAUAUUAAGUGUACUAAUUCUGUAUCACAAACACCCUUACUGAUGAGGGAAUGAAAGAUGUCUGAUUCUGUUUAAAUAUUUUGUAGGAAUUAAGCUUUUAAAAUAGUUUGAAAUAAGACAUCAUCACCUAUCAUGAAUGCUACCAGUCUAAUUAUGUAAUGUUUCUUCUACACUCUUUGCUGUGGUGGCCUGAUGGCGGCUCUUUGUUCGCCAAAGUUUUUCCGUGUAGGUUUUUGUCGACAAGAACAAAAUGUAACUAUGAAUGUUACGUAACAACCCUCAACACAAGACACUUUUUUUUUUUUUUACACAGACUAUUAAGAGUAUUUAUAUGCUAAUGAGAAAAGUAAUACUGUUUUUCAUCAUUAAGUCCCAUAACCAUUGCUGUGCAUUGACAAAGUACUGUACAUGGUGAUGAGACGAGCUUUAUUACAAAGCUGUGGUCACAUUAUUUCUGUCAUUGGCCUUUUACCCCUACCUUUUACCUCAAAUACUGUAUGUACUUCACAUUGCCUACAGCUUUACCUGUGUUGUGGGUACACUGAAACCACCAUAGGCAUUACCGCACUUGAAAAGGAUCAAAUGUUGUACUCGGUGGAGAGUGAGUUGAAACGUUUUGAACAAUAGAGGCUUCUUUAGAGAUAUAGUUAUGAUCUUGAUUCUUCACAUCGGCUUCCUUUCCAUGACACUGUAUCAUUUCAACAGGUAUAGUUUUUGUAAAAGUGAGGAAGCUCCAGUUUUGCAUGUAUGCAAUGUCCAAAUUACUACUGUCUUUCAACAGUUAAUGAAAAAUUCAUGUGUGACUAGACACUCACAAAAAUAUUUUUUAUGGAAGCUAAUGUUUGGUAUAAACCGCUACAGUGAUAUAGGAUAUUCAAUCUGAAGACCCUCUUUUUGAAGUGUAGGAUUUUGUGGAAUUACAGAAUGUGCCUGAGGAAUUUGCCUUUCAUGUUGUGAAUUCUUUCUCUGCAUUUAAAGGUGUGUGUGCAUGCCAUAAAGGCAUGCUAAUCAGUUUUACUAACCAUAAUUGGUUAAAUAAUAUUAGCCUGUUUCUAUGACUAUUGAUGAAUAAUUUGACAUGUUGUCAAAAUAAAUCU